UGAUCGUUUUCAUCAUCUUCGGGUCUUUUGGUGGUGAGCAGCACGGCUCGGUGUUUUGAAGGGUUUCUCGAUUGAUCAUCUCAUCUUCCGGUUAGAUACUUCGGAGAGCCCUUGAAGCCGAUCGUGAUAGUUAAAAUUAACUAGUCCGCUGGUUAGGCGCUUGGUGAGAGAUUACCGCGAGCUAGGAUGGCAGGCCUUCCUCAUCGUUCAGGGACGGUGAAGACCACCACGACGAUGGGCUCGAGUGAUGACGAGGUCAUUGGGGACUCUGAUUUGGGCGGUACAACCUCCAUCCUAGUCGAGAGAUUACGAGCAUGGAAACACAUGGUCGGAUAUCUCGAAAAUUAUGUCAGCGCGACGCAAAAGGUGCAAAAGGCGCAAUCCAAGGAAUUCGAGAAGAUCUUGAAGACUGUUUCCGAACCCCUAAGGGAAGCGCAUCACUUCGUUCAGGGUGAAGGUGGAGUAGCUGGGUUGUUUGAAAGCUUACGGGUCAACACUCGGGGCAUUGCGGACAUGUACCUCGAAACCGAGAAGAGCCUCAAGUCUACUGUCCUCCCGAUUCUCGAAAAACUACACGGCGAGAUAAAAGCCAAAUCCAAAGAACUCCAUAAUGGAGCUACUAAGGCUGCGAAGCAGGUCGCCAAGGCGCGCACGACUACCCAGAAGCAUAUCGAACUUCUCGGGCAAUAUACUGCGGCCUUCGAUUCCGCGACAAAAUCAAAACAGGAGGCCUUGAAUGACCCGUACAUCCUGUCGCGCGGGGUGGUAUACCGCCUGAACAAGCAAAUCACUGAAGAGAAUAAUAAUUUGAAAGAGCUCCUCGCCAUACAGAACUCUUUCCAACAAUUCGAGGCGCACAUCCUGGAAACAGUGCAGGAUGCGCUCAAUCGGUUCUUCCAAUGUAUGGGUGCCCAGUCCGAUCGGCAGCGGGCCAUGUACGCCGACAUGGUCAGCACAGGACAGCAGAUCCCAACGGACUUUGAAUGGGCGAACUUCUUUGAGAAAAACGAUGCUUCUCUGAUCAACCCCAACACUCCGCCGCGCUCUAUGUCUAAUAUCACGUUCCCCAACCAAGAGCACCGCUCGACAAAACCCCUAGUGGAAGGGACGAUACAGCGCAAAUCUCGUGCCGUCAUGAAAGGAUAUAGUGACGGAUAUUAUGUGGUGACACCAGCAGGCUUCCUUCACGGGUUCAAGGACAAUGACGACCUCCGUCACGAUCCCCAGCCUGAUAUCUCUCUCUACCUGCCCGACUGCACCAUCGGCAACUUCGAUGGGCUCAAAUUCUCCGUCAAGGGGAAGGAUGUGUCCGGAGGCAAAGUCGGAAACGCCUUCCAUAUGACCUCUGAACUACACUUCAAGACACAUAGCAAGAACCAGAUCGAUGAAUGGGCGAGUGCGCUCUCUAGCUUCGUUGGAUCAUCCUCGGCCGGCGGCAGCCAGCCAACCAGCCCCACGGUGCAGAGGAGCGCGAGCGCCCCGCGGUCCCCGACGGCGACGGAGUCUGCUGUCAUGCCACCGUUGGCUGAGAGUAAGCCUGUUGAUGAGAAGGCGGAUCCUGCGGCUGCGCCCGCGCAGAAGCAAGAAGAUGGGAUUGUUGCCGUGGAUAAGGGGGAGAAAUCCGCAUAAAGAAGGCUGUUGAACCAUUGCCCGAUCCUUUGCAUAUCACCCAUCAUUAUUAUUAUCAUUAUCAUUAUUAUUAUUAUUAUUUUCGGUUGUGCAUCUUGGAUUUCUGUCUAUACCCUUUGGAUAUAUUGCCCAAUGCCUCGUCGAUCUCAAAUUGGGUUGAUGAUAUAUGUUAUACCAUGAAUCUCGGCAUCUGUAUUUCGGUUGACAUCUAUCUUCUACUAUUAAUUUUAUCUCUCUUGAGGCGUCUCCCUAAGCGUAGCACGCUCUCAA